UCAAUGUACAGAAUUCACUUUCUUUGCAGUGGCGUCACUAAGGUGGGAGGGGUGCAAAGAGUAGUAUGGAUACGUGGACUGCAGAUAUUUGGAACGACAAUGAAGAAGAAUGCAAGAAAACUCUGAAUGAACUAGGAAAUUGGGAGAAGGUACCUUUAUUAUUUGAUGAUAAUAUAACUCUUGGAAGCUUUGUACGGUUUAAAGGAAUGAUACAAGAUAUGUUAAAUCCAGAAUAUUAUAGUAGCAGUUUUACAAUUAUUAAUUCUGAGAAUGAAGAACUUGCUUCACGUCAAGCAAAAUAUCAUAGCAGCACUAAAAAUGUUCAACCCGGAGAAGAAAUUGUAUUUGGUAAAACAUUGAUGGAACGACAAAUUAUUGCCUGUAUUCCAAUUCCAGGAUUGAAUGAAUGGGCCAAAGAUGAAGCUAAUAUAAACCAGAAUGUUGAGGCUCAAUUAGAAGAUAAUAUGAAUAAACGAAUUCGUCUUGAUCCAGCAUGUCAAAAGUACUCAAAAGAAAUAUUUAUAUUCGUAUAUCCUGAAGAUGUUGAUACCAAUGAACUAAAGGUCAACCAAAUUGUAGAAGUUGUAGGAUUUCUUGAUCGACGUACAAUUCAAGAGGACAAUGAAAAUGUACAAGAACAAUCUUCAAUAGCUAAAGAAACACAUUGUAUACAUGCCGUUCAAUUGAAAUUACUAAAAACUUUAAUUUCAGAUAUUGAAGAAACGAAUAAUUCUAUAUGGAAUGAAGCUUCAAAUAUUCAUGCAGAGUUAAAAUUAGUAUUAACUCAAGCAUUAUUAGGAGAUUCUUUAGUGGCUGAUUAUUUACUAUUUUACCUUGUAUCUACCACUUAUAAUAGACAACAUAAUUUGGUUCCUGGAAAACUCUCAUUAAAUAUUCGUGGGAUACCUGAAAGUAUUGGAAAAAACUACACAAAACUUUUAUAUUCACUGAUAUCUUAUUUGGUUGUUAAAAGUGAGUAUUUACCAAUUCAAAUACACACUUUGAACAACAUGAAUAUGACUCCAAGAAAAUGUUAUAAUUCCAAUAGACUGUUGAAUGGAUUCUUACAGUUAUCAGAUAGGACACAUUUGGUCUUAGAUGAAACAGAUUUACAGCCAGGAAACUUGGAUAAUAAAGGAAUGCUGAAUUUGGAAGCUCUAAAAAAUAUAAUUUCUAACCAACAAAUGAAAUAUGAUUUCACUUAUUAUGGGAUGGACUAUGAAACCCAAAUACCAGUAUUAACAUUAUCAAUUGGAAAAUCUAUUCUACCUUAUGAUAUUGAUAUUGUAUUGAAACCAGAUCCAUCUUGUUCUGACAUUGAAGAGACGAUGAAGUCAGUAAAUGACUACUUAAAAAGUCAGUUACCUCUUUUGGAUAAAUUAAGAAAAUAUAUAGCAAUUAUUUCAACAUUUCCUUUUAACUAUGAUGAAGAUAUUUUAAAAGUUAUUGAAAAUGAUUAUGUAGAGAUGCGAAAAGCUGAUCCCAAAAAUGUUUCUGGCGAUGACUUGCAUCGUUUUAUGAUGAUUUCGAGAUUAAUUGCUUUAUGUUCUGGAAAAAAUGAAUUUAAUAAAGAAAUUUGGGAAAGUGGAAAAUCAUUAGAAAAUCAGCGUAAUCUAAGAAAUAAGUAAAUUAAAUAUUGGAUGUACUGAAUAAUAGUAAUUUUUAUGAUUAAUAUUACUCAGGUCGCCAAAAACAACUAAUAAACAUUUUUAAAUAUUUAAUAAAAUUGUCUUAUUAUAUAAAUAGCUGCACAUUUAUUAUAAUAUGUUAAUAAAUAAAAAAUGUACAUAUUUUCGAUAACUCAUUUAAUGUUAUAUUUAAUAAUAAAAAUAAUACUGCAUUAUUUUUAAUAAAUACUAUAAUUCAUACAUUAUUCAAAUAUAGAAUAGAAUGAUUAAAAAUGUAUUUUCAUUAUUUUAAGGUUUUAAAUGGUUAUAUAUUAUAACAGCUUAAUCACUUUUCAAUUUAUUUUAAUUCUCUAAAUUUUAAUACCAGCAUCUUUCAAUUUGCCUUAAGUAAGAAGUAUAGGAUUGGUCUAUUGUUUUUUUCUUUCAACCAUAUGUCCAUGCUUAGAGUAUAUAAUGCGAGUCUUGGAUAUGUAACAUGAAUAAAAAAUUGUAUUUUCCUUUUUUAUUUUUAUAAAUAAAUAAUGAUUUUGUGCGUGAGCUUUUA